UGCUUAUUACACCAAACCAAUUCCUUCUCUCUCUCUCCCGAAUGGCAGAAGCAAUAGAGCCGCUACUCUCCCCCACCCAGGAAGAGCAUACACGGCCACAACCAAAAGCAGAUAACACCUCUUCCAUCUUCAUCGCCGGCUCCCAAGACAUCCCUCCGAUCACUGGCGUCUGCCACUUCUUCAGAGAAUGCUUUGCCGAAUCCAAGAAGCUAUGGUACCUAGCUGGCCCUGCCAUGUUCACCUCCAUCUGCAAAUACUCCCUCGGUGCCAUCACUCAAGUCUUCGCCGGCCACGUUGGGACUCUUGCCCUCGCCGCAGUCUCCGUUGAAAACUCAGUCAUCGCCGGUUUCUCCUUCGGUGUUAUGCUUGGUAUGGGAAGCGCGCUUGAAACCUUAUGCGGUCAAGCGUUUGGAGCAGGGCAUAUUGACAUGCUAGGGGUUUACAUGCAAAGAUCAUGGAUCAUCCUUAACUCAACAGCUUUGGUCCUUCUCUUUUUAUACAUAUUCGCGGAACAAAUUUUGAAGCUGAUAGGCCAGACUGAGGAAAUAUCAAAGGCGGCUGGGACUUUUGCAAUAUGGAUGAUACCACAGUUAUUCGCUUAUGCCAUGAAUUUCCCCAUCGCCAAGUUUCUGCAGUCACAGAGCAAGAUCAUGGUCAUGGCCGUGAUUGCAGCUGCAGCCUUGGUUUUGCACACGGUUUUCAGCUGGCUCUUGAUGUUAAGACUGGGGUGGGGGCUGGUAGGUGCAGCCCUGGUGUUAAAUGCGUCGUGGAUUUUCAUAGUUGCGGCUCAGUUCUCGUAUAUUACUAGUGGGACAUGUGGGCGCGCAUGGACCGGAUUUUCAUGGAAGGCUUUUCAAAACUUGUGGGGAUUUGUUAGGUUAUCUCUGGCUUCAGCCGUCAUGCUCUGCCUGGAGGUAUGGUAUUUUAUGGCACUAAUACUCUUUGCCGGAUAUUUAAAGAACGCAGAAGUUUCUGUAGAUGCCUUGUCCAUAUGCUGUAACAUUCUGGGCUGGACGGUCAUGGUAGCUCUGGGGAUGAAUGUGGCUGUAAGUGUGAGAGUGUCAAAUGAACUGGGGGCAGGACAUCCGAGGAAAGCAAAACUUGCAUUGGUAGUGGCUGUGAUAUCUUCGUUUAUGAUCGGUCUGGCCAUCGCGGCCGUUCUGAUUAUCUUUCGGGACAAAUACCCAGACUUAUUUUCAACCAAUACACAAGUCAAACAAGUUGUCAAAGAGCUAACGCCAUUGUUGGCCUUUUGCAUUACGCUUAACAAUGUUCAACCCGUUCUCUCAGGGGUGGCCGUCGGAGCUGGAUGGCAAGCUUUCGUUGCUUAUGUAAACAUUGGGUGUUACUAUAUCUUUGGGGUUCCUCUGGGUCUCAUAUUGGGUUUCACAUUCAACAUGGGUGUUAAGGGAAUUUGGUGUGGAAUGAUAUCUGGCACAGCUGUGCAGACUUGUGUCCUUUUUGGGAUGAUUUAUAAAACCAAUUGGAACAAAGAGGCUUCGAUUGCUGAAGACAGGAUAAGGAAGUGGGGAGGACACACAGAAUUCAGAGAGGGCAACGUAGAACAAUGAAGAGAGAUAUUGCACUGCCAUUUCACCAACAAAUUUUUAGUACCCAUUGUGAGUUGUGACGGGAUUCUCUCAAAUUUCUCUUUGGAACAAUAAUAGAACAAUGAAAAGAGAUAGUGUACGGUCAUUUCGCCACCAGUUUUAGUAUCCAUUUGAGGUGGGAUUCUUUCUCUUAAAGUUCAUGAUAACUGGCAGGGAAGAACAUAUGGCUGUGUAAAAGUCUAGAAAUAAAAUGAUUUAUAAGUAAUAUAAACCAACAUCAAAUUUCUCAUUCUCAAUAUGUGACCACAAAACCACUCAUUUUAGGCCAUUAACUGCCUUUCAGACACCAUUAAAAAACUACAAGGCCAUAACCAUAACCGUAUUAUACAACACAUAUUCAGUUUAUAACAGGAGAAAGGCUGAUAAUUCUCUUAUAGGCAAGUAGCAUAAGUCAAUUAAUUUAUUGAUCUCCCCAAACAAAUCCUAUGCAAGCCUGAUAAAAGCAUCACAGGCAUCUUCGAUGCAAUGUGCUGCAAGAGGCAGGGCAACCUAAGCCUGUUUAAAUCUGGCCAUUGCAGACAAUCUUAAUUGAGGAAUCAUGUUAAGGAUAAACCUAAUAAAGAAAACCAAUUAUCUGUGAUAUGCAGAAUGGGGCACAGUUUUUCCAACCUCUUCCCCAACAAAAAAAAUGUUGAGUCGCUAUUGAAUCCCAGUUGUGCAGCAAAAAGUGAUGCUCUCAACACAUAGAUCUAAAGAAAAAUGAUCCUUAUGCCUUAAUGCAUUUAUCAUGCUGGAAAUAAGGGACUUCAAUCAAAGAAAUCAUUUACAAUAGAAUUUUCAGCUACCCCAAGCUUACACCCCCAUAUGAACAGCUUUCAUGCUCAAAAUACUUGCUACAUUGUUGCAAACAAUGGUGACAUAAGCAUCCUUAAUGGCUCAAUAACAGCUUGUUUACUCUUCUGCUUUUGCAUCUCUGAUGAUCUAUUUCUUAUAACUUCUGGAAUAGGUAUAUGACCACAAAGCAUGACAUAUGCACAAUAGCACAAGAGAGAAAAUGCCAUGCCCAGAUUAGUAAGCCACUAAUGCCAAUAAGGUAGGACCCACACCUUUCUCCAAUUAGACAUAUGCAACUGAUGCUAUUUAAAUUGAACACAGGCAACUAAAGGGCCGAUUUCAAUUUGAUCCCUAACAGUUACUCAUAAGCACAGAAAAUGGCUCAAGAGAAUGCAUCUAAUCACUAAAUUUUAUCAUAUCAUUCUCCAACACAGAAGAGAACUAUGUUCAGUCCACCAUAAGAUUAUUAAGUAUCCUAGACCAAGCAAGUACCGAUGUCAAAAAAUUGAAAUAUCAACAUUUUUGGACCACUCGGAAUUCGAUCAUUUACACCUUAUCAAAUCCCACACAUUCGCAACAUUUCCCCCAUUAAUUGCAUCCAGAGCUGAUUACUAUUUAACUUACACUGCAACAUCUAAUAUACAUCAUAGAACUAAACCGACGAAAUUCAACAAUGAAAAACAUAACAAAAUAAACAACGCAAGUCAAACUUAACAAACAUAAUACGUAAUUGCGCCAAAAUUAAUGACAUUAAUUUAAAAUCUCAUUUCAAAAAUAAAUCCAAACAACCCAAGAUAAUAGUAUAACAGAAUCGUCAUUCAGAUCCCAAAAAUAAAGAAAAAAACAAACCCUGACCUAGGCGGUGAG